CCUUUUUGUCCACGGGACCGCAGAUGUGAAUGUUCAUUACGACCAUUCGGUUCAUCUGCUUCGGAUGUUGGCAGAUGCGGGUGUCAGUAAUUUUUGGUUCAAAUCGUUUCCAGAUGCGUGGGUUUUCUUCCUAUUCUCUUACCUCCUCCGGUGCGCCACUCAGCUUUUUUUAUACAAUGAUUACGCAAUGAGAGGUUCCUAUCGGGAGCUUUUCGAGUUGAUGGAGAAAUUCCCACAGGAAAAGUGGGAUAUCGACUGUUCAUAGAUGGCAACUCCAUGGCAUCGGGGGGGGGGGGGUGUCAAAAAUCAGGCUCCUUCUAUGUUUUGAGUAUCGAGCACUUGUACCUUGGUAGACCAAGCCGAAUUCGGAGCGAAAACUCAAGAUACGGCAAGUAUUGCAUUUGAUUGAUUGCUCUGCUUUCUUAUAGAAACGACAAACUAACCCAUCGAAAAUGAAGAGUCCAGCCUCCCAGCGCUCCAGUACAAUCUUCCCAUGGCCUUUCGUAUUCUUUCCUCCCUCAUCCUCCUUUCUCUCGGGGCGGCAGUUUCCACGUCCGCUAUUGUCCUCGAAGAACAACCUCUCCGUGUCGAGGGUACCCUCUCUGUUCCUUUCAAAGUCAACGGCACUGUAUACAAGACAUGGGUCUUCCAACACGCUAGUCCCGCCGUCUUGCCAACUGCCCGACCACUUGUCGUCCUCCACGGUGGUCCAGGGCUCACUCAUGACUAUAUGCUCCCCUUGACGGACCUCGCAGCGUCCCGUCCUGUCGUGUUGUAUGACCAAAUUGGCUCUGGCAAAUCCAGCCAUGUGGCUAGCAAUGAUAGCACGUUCAACUGGGGAUUGGAUGUAUUCCUCCAAGAGCUUGACAACGUGCUUAGUAUCCUGAACAUCGGUCACGACUUCGACCUACUGGGACACUCCUGGGGUGGUGUCAUGGCUGCUGAAUACGCCGUUCGGAGGAAAAAUCCCGGGUUGAAGCAUCUCGUUUUCUCGGAUUCUUUACCGUCUAAUGAGCUCUGGGAUCAAUCCGAGGGAGAGUUGUUGGCUGCGUUCCCGGAGGAGGUGCAGAGUGAUCUUGCGGUUGGGUUUGAUGAUCCGGUGAGGUAUCGAAAGGGGUUGGCAGCGUUUUUUGCGGUGCAUGGGUGUACUGUGAAUCCAACGCCGCAAGGGGUGAAUGUGUCGUUUGAUUAUCUUUUUGAGGAUCCUACUUCGUCAAUGAGGAUGGGCGCUGCAUUGGCUGGAUGGAGCAUCAUCGACCGGCUGUCGCAGAUUACAGUUCCAACUCUGGUAUUGAACGGAGCGGCUGAUAUCUCUCAAGAUUUCGUGAACCAACCGUAUUUGGAUCGUAUCCCGCAUGUUACGCAUUACAAAUUUGAAAAGUCGAGUCAUACGCCCAUGUGGGAGGAGAGGGAUGAGUAUAUGCAGGUUGUUGAGCGGUUUUUGGGAUGAAAAAUGUGAAGAUGAAUACGGUGGUUUGAUCGAAUUGGUAUUACUGUACUGGUUAUUGACGCGCUUUCGCUUCUUGUCGUUCGCUGUGAUUUUUCUUCUCUCUUUCUGUUGUCACUUUUUGUUUCAUGUAUGUGGUCC